AUGCGUCUCCUUUGGCUGACCGUCCUGUGGACGGCAGUCUAUGCGGCUCAACAAUCUCAAUCAGAUCAAAUAAAAGACAUAUUAAAGUCAUGGAAUCCUCAGAAAGCCCUGGAUUUCAUUGAACAUUUAGAUGUAGAUAGUGACUUGAUAGAAGAUAUUUCGCCUGAUUCGCAUAAACGGAGCAAAAGGGAUGUGAAUUUCUCAACCAACAAUGCUGAUAGCUCAUGUAGAGUUCCUGGUUAUGUCGGAGCCACUUGUCGGCCUGUCUGUUCUCAGCAGAAUCCUAAGCCAGAUGAUAAUCCAGUAACUGAUGGAGAGGGAGCCACAAUUGAUUCCGCCAUUAUUGCUAAUUGCACAGCUCAUUAUACUAUUUACGUAGAUGAAACUAUGCAAAACAUCAGAAUCGAGCUCGAAACAGAUGCUGCUAUCAAUCCUGUCUUUUCUCUUAUUGAUUCCAAUGGAGACGUUAAGAUUCCAAUCGAUAUCUUUGAAAGAUCUGAUCGUUAUAAUGGUUUCUAUGAUUCUUUGUUACCCGGAAAGUAUAACCUGUUACCAAUGGCUGAUGUCAAGACUCAUUUCUGUCAACUGACAGUCAGAGCUCAGACAUAUCUCAACAUCGGAGGAGGUUUUGUGAAUGAUGAAGGAGGACAACCCGCUCGAAGCGAUUUCCCCUCUAAGGGAUUCGUAUACAAAGAUCAGCUAGCUGUAGGUGUUUUCCAUGGAAACGGACUUAAAACUCCAGCCAGCUUGGAUACAAUUGCCUUCAGUGGAGGAAACAAUAAUGCUUAUCGGGAAUUUCCUUUGGGUAUCCGUUAUAACUGUUCUCAUGAGUAUAUCUAUGAGUCAUUCGUUUGUCGUCAAUCAGGAGACUUCUUAUAUUAUAUUCAAGGAACAACUUUCCAAGGAUACACCUUCCGCAGAGUGUACCCAAUUACCUGUGCAAAUGCUCCAUCAACUGGAACUCCAGCAACAACAACGCUCGCUCCAGUAACAGCUUGCAACAACAGUGGAACAUUGAUCACUAACUUGGAUGGAACUCAAUAUUGCUAUUGUAAUGAUAGAUGGGCUGGACCUGAUUGUUCCAACAUUGUAUGCUUCAACGGAGGAACGGUCAAGAACAACUUCUGUUGGUGUCCAGGAGAGUUCACCGGAGAUCAUUGUGAACAUAUGUUCUGCGACAAUGAGCAGGGAUACGACUUUGAUGCCGAACAUCCAACUUUAGUGUUCGUAAUUCGUGUGCGUCACCAGACUCAAGAUAUUGCCGAUGCGGUUGUCAAUGCUACUAGAAAUAUUGUAAACAGUCUUGAAUUCGAUCCUUCCUAUUUGACCAACUUCAUUGCCGUUUUCUUCAACAACAACGAAAUCUUGUUCACACAAGCUUAUACUGACUCAAAACUCUUCAUAGGUGAUUUGAUCUUCUACAGCAGUGUCGAAGAUAAUGAGGGAGAUUGUAGUGAUAUCGUUUUCCAAGCCACAAGUGCCGCCUUGGACCGUAUGCCAACCAACAAAUCACCAAUAUAUGUCAUCACUGAUGCUGUUCCAAGUGAUACCGACUAUGCUGAUCAAGUUUUCUUCCAAUCAGCUAUCUGGAGAACACCAAUUCAUUUCAUCUUAGUUAAGCCAGAUCCUACCUGUCCUAUUUCAACUGAUGGCUUCGCAUUCAGAAAGAUGGGUGAAGUUGCAGCAAAGAGUAACGGAGAACUGUUCUACGUCACCAACAGAGCAUCUUUCCAACCUUUGUUCAAUAGUCAUAUGGCAACCACUCUUUAUAAAACACAACUUAUGUACCAAUUUGACUAUCCGGUAUGUGGAUCUCAACCUCCAUAUCAAAGCUUGGCUGUUGAUACAUCUGUUGACCGAUUGACCAUUGUUGCAUUAGGAACAAAAUUAUCUCUCAGUGUGACUGCUCCUGAAGGAUAUGACAUGUCUAAUAUGGUUACCACUGUUUAUUCUGAUGGCGUUAACUAUAUCUGGCAAUUGAACGGUCUUCAUGUUGGAAACUUCUUCUUCAAAGUGAGCUCCGGUGAUGGAACCCAGCCAUGUAGCAUGAAAAUUUAUCAGAAAGCUUAUGAUUAUCUUCCAAGCUCUCCUCAGUAUGAUAUCUUCUAUAGCUUCUCAGAAGCCAUGAACUAUGAUGGAUUCCUUUUGGAGCCUCUUGUUGGAACUACACAGUCUGUCAGCUUCCAUGUAAAGAAUUUUGUCAGCGUACCUGAAGAGAUGUCUCGAUCAUUCCUCGAAGUGUAUGCAGUUAGAGAAGACAAACAAACUCAAGUUUAUGCUUCAAAUGGUUUCUUCCGUGAUGGAUGUGCUCAUAACUUCUAUUUCCCUGAUUUCCACUGUAGAAUUCCCAAUGAGAUUAUGCAAUUCAAUCUUUAUAUUGGUACAAACCGCGGAUUCAGCAUCCAGAGAGCUGGAACUUUCACUUGCACACAAAUUCAACCCACUAGCCGACCUCCUAGCGAUUGCUUGCACGGUGGAGUUAUGAAUGCUGCUAACACUACUUGUUAUUGUCCCUUGGGAUUCAAGGGAACUCAUUGCGAACAGCUUGAUUGUGCCAAUGGAGGAACUCCUUCUGGAAACAAAUGUGCUUGCACAGUUGGCUUUGUCGGAACAUCGUGUGAAAUUAUGGCUUGCGUGGCUAGAGGAGCUUCACCAGAAUUUGAGCUCGGACAGGUCGAUAUGGUUUUCGCAGUUGAGCUUACACAGAAUGCUUUCGGACAGGUUGCCUACCUAUCUAAACAUCUUUCCUCAUUGAUUAAAGACGUUCAAAAUGUCAACCCACUCUGGAUUAGUCGGUUUGUCCUCGUAGGAUUCAAUACUACUUGGGGAGACGUUCUCGCUAUUUCUCCUGCCUGGGAUCCCUCGGGAGUUAUUGAAAAACUUAAUGAAGUUGCUAGUGUCAUUCCAUCUGAUAAGGGAUGUAAUGUUCAGCUCUACCGUGCCUUAGACGUAGCCGUUCGCAGAGGUGAUGUACGGUUCGGUUCUCAUUUGGAGUUGUUCAUGGCUUCCAACCCUGAUCUCACUAGAUUCUCUGAAUGGGUAGAACUAUAUGAAGAUUUGAGAGCUAUGAACCUCCAUAUGACUGUGUAUUUGGGUGUUUCGCCCCGAUUUGCUACUGAUGCCAACCCCACUGGUUUAUACUGUAACUCAACUUGGGAAUCACUAGGACCCUUAGAAGCAUUAACUUACAGCGGAAUGGGAACUAUUUACGCCUCUCAGCAAGCUACCGUAGCAAGUCUUCUGAAAACAAUUCCUCUCGAGUAUUCAAAUCAGAAUGUCUAUGCGUUCCAAUCUCUCGAUUGUACAACACCAGUCACGGCUUACUUCCCAGUCGAUUCCUACACACAAACUAUUCAACUCAAUGUGUAUGGACAAAAUCCUGCAGUAAGCAUCCGAGAUAUUUAUGGAAAUGAUGUUCCUGUCACACAAAUAGCGUAUGACGAGUUUUCUAUGACUUCAGUAUUUGAAGCUCACAAACCAUGUGACGUUGGUUGGACUCAGUUCGGUACUAGCUGCUAUCUUUUCGGACAAGAGUUGUUAACCUGGCCAUCUGCUAAAACUUUCUGUCACAAUUCCGGAGGUCAACUAUCCGAUGAUUUGAACACCGAUACUCAUAGCUUCAUCACAACUCAAUUGGCUGGGCCAUAUUCCUUCUGGAUGGGAGGAUUUAAUAAUGGUACUUGGUUAUGGGACAGAGCCAACGGUUUACAGCCUGUGAAGAUCCAAACAGACACAGACAAUUCAUUCUGGAACGGUGGUGCUCCUCCUGAGGAUGAAACUUUGCAAUGUAUGUAUUGGAACGGCCUUCAUCGUUUCACUGGUGAUACCUGGACUGGUUCAACUUGUGCUGAACCUAGAUUCUUCCUCUGUGAAAAGCACACUUAUGAUACUUCUUACUUCCCAGAUCCAAACGACGCUAGCGAUCAUCUUCCCGCUGGUAAAUACUAUGUUCAAAUCACCACCACCCCAAGUACUAUCUAUCCUGCUAACCCAAUGUGUAAUGUAGCUGUUCGUGUACAAUCAAGCUUACAACUUAUAACUGGAUACGUCAAUAACUUUGUUCAAGACUGGCCAAACAAUGAUCCUAUUGUUGAAUCUUCAACUAACCGUUUGAUCACCUAUGUCCAAUCUCAAGAUAAUUCCAUGAGAACACCAAUUCUUCUCAACGCUUGGGUUGGGGAUGCCUACAAUGGUACUUUCUAUGAUAAUGCUAAAUACCAAUAUCGUUUGAACUGCGAAUGGCCUUGGGUAUCUCAAACCUUCGCUUGCCCACCUGGAUUUGAUGAUGGAAAUGAAUUAGCCAUUAUACAUACUGGAGAAGAUGAAUUCGGAUAUUCCUUCCAACGUUUCACCUUCGGUCACUGUAGUCAACCAACUUUAACUUGCGGAAAUGGUGGAUACAACUACAACGGACAAUGUAUCUGUGACGAAUACUGGCAAGGAAGCUUCUGUACUGUUCCAAUUUGCGUGAACAAUGGAACUUUAGCUCAGAACGGAAGGCAGUGUAUAUGCCCAGACGGAUAUGCUGGAUUCAACUGUCAAUACGAGACCUGUGUACGUAUGAACACAAGUCCAUUCAUCGAAUAUGCUAAGUCUUUGGUUAUUGUUUUGGAGAACACAUUCAGAAACUCUGAUGCUGCAACUAACUUUGCUAAUAAGUUGGUUCAAGCUGUUAAUGGUGGACCUAGCAAUUGGUUCAACAGUUUCAUCAUUGUUACUUUCGACUCAAAUAGUGUGCAGAUAGAAUUGCUCGAUGAUGUGGUUUCUGCUCGCAGAUACAUUUUAGGAAGUAUCUUCAAUGCCACUGAUGCUGGAACCUGUGCUAUGCCUACAUGGAAUGCUAUCAAUACCUUCAUGAAUAGUGAUUUCUUCAAUUACGUGCAAUAUCCACGUUCAGAAAUGGUCAUUAUCACUUCUGCCGGUGUCGCAGACGCUGCAAGCGUGCGAACACACGAUCUCCAUGUAUUAGCUGAUGCACAAAUCACUCUUCAUUACAUCUACUCCGCUAGUGACUGUGGUACAACUCCAGGAGAUUCUGUGAACAGCAUUGUACGAUUGGCCUACACAUCUGAAGGAACUGUAGCUUUCGUCACAAAUGCCGGAAUCGGACAAUACUUCGCAACUUUCCUCCCAACACGCUAUGCAUCAAGUACUAUUUCGUAUCCAACAUACGGAACUUUCACUUGUGGAACUUCUUCUUCAUGGCUUAUUAGUGUUGAUUUCAACACCACAUACAUCUAUGUCGCUGCAUCUGCUCAAAUUGGAUCUGUUGGUGCUAGAAGCCCUAGUCGAGACAGCAUUACACCUGAGUUAGUCGCCAGCGAUGGUAUCACUCGGUUGUAUCGUAUCAAUCCAAUGCAAGCAGCUUCUCCAGGAGGAAUCUGGAAGAUUAGCCUGACUUCUCCAGGAUCUUGUUAUGUCUCAAUCUAUACUCAGGGAGGAGUUACAGUAUACCCCUUGUAUGCCCAAGCUACCGCUUCCAACCCAACUGGAUCUCGUCAAGAUGGUCUAAAACACAGUCCAUACGCCGGACAGACUAAUGUCGUUACAGCUCAUUUAUCUGGAAACUUCGGUCAUCGUGGUCGCUUAACAUAUGCUAAGAUCUAUGAUUCUGAUAAGGGAUACGAUGUAUUGGUUUCCCCACUCUAUCCUAGACUCAACUGUGCCUAUGAGUAUGUAUCUGAUCCAUUCACUUGCGACUCAGAUCUCUUAACAGUUUUCAUCCAUGGAGUGGAUGAAAACAACCAAGCUUUCCGCCGCCAAUACACUUCGUAUUGUCUUGGAAACAACAAGACUACUACUCUUUCACCCCCGAUGACUACUCAAACGACUGGCAAAACUCCAGUACAGGCCUUAACAUCGACAACUUCACGAAUGCUUACAACUCAAAAGGCUCAAACUACUCAGGCAACGGCUAUGCCAACCACUUCCCCUAGCGCUGCACCAGCUACUCCAUUAAUCUUCGACGUUGUCUUCCUCGUAGACCAAACAGUAUCAUCCCAAAACACCCUCCCAACACUUUAUUCGUUCAUUCAAACACUGAUGGUCGCUUUCCCAAUAAGUCAGACACAAGCCCGUGUAUCGUUGAUUAGUGUUACAGGUAUCCCCGGAGAUCAGAUGGUUGCUGCCUUCUUGAACACUAUGACCCAACAAGCCUCUCUGCACAAAUACUUGGACGAUUUGAAAACAUACGCAACCCCCGCUGACGGAGGUCAAAACUUACAAGAAGCUAUGGACGUUUGUGAAAGCGACGACUAUAAGGGUAGUGGAUAUCGAAAUUCUAUUACAAACCAUGUCAUCAUAUAUUUAACUUCAACUACUGACUUCUCCGAUGGACCUCAGAAACCUGCUGGUGACUACGGAAUGAUUACCGUCGGUUACGGUCCUGGUUUGGACAUCAAUAAUCUCAUACCACUUUCUGGUAAACAAUGUGCGUUCGUCACCGAGGAUGUUCAUGAAUUGAAUACAAACAUCUUGAAUUCUGUUCGUACAUUAAUUAGAACUGCUGAUACGAACGGAGGAAAAUACUGCUAG